AUGGCACGAACGAAAGCUGCAAAGAAAAAACCAGCAAGUAAGGCAAAUACAUCCAUUAAGAAGGAUGUGGAAGAAUUACAGUUGCGAAAAAAACAACUGUUCCAAAAGCUGGACCAAUAUAAAGAAACAUUUGAUAUAAAGGUAGAAGCUAUUUUUGCCAAGUUAUUAGUAAAUAUACCUGCACAUAUUAAAAAUUCAAGGUUUUCGGACUUGAAGAAAAAUGGUGUACAUUUACACAAUACAACUGUAUCAUAUAAUUAUUCUUCAGUGGAUAAUGUCUUACACAACCACACAAACACAGCCAAAAAACGCAAGAAGGCUUUAAGAAGCUCGUCUUGUCAUGAAGACGAUGGUUACCUUACAGCAGAGAUGAGCGACGCAAGCUCAGGGGGCCGGCAGUCCCGCUCCCGCAAACCGGCGCCCCCGAAGAGCACCAGGGUGUCGCGUUCCUUGAGCCGGGUCCAAGUAUCGAAGCCCGCCCCCCUCUCCAUGAAGACGCCCGCCAACAGGAACCCGCCCCCAAACUCGUACGGCAUGGUCACCCCGAAGGUAAAACCCAACACUCCUCAGGUUCUUCUGAGGAGGCCAAAACAGGGAGAGAUGGCGCUAUCUCUGCAAGGAAGUCCUCUCUUCACCGGAAGUGUGGUCAGUGAAAGUGUUGCCAACAUAAACAUCCCCCUGAAUGAUGGCAGGAUGUUCACCCUGCAACCGGAAAGGGGGCUGAGAAUGUCGCAGGUUCCGGACCUUGACCCGGAAACGAGGCGUCAGCUGCAAACCUUGAGAGACAAUCUCGCUAAAGUUUGCGGACAGCGCUAG